UAUUUGUUUCGACUAUUGAAAUUACUGGUAAUAAUUCAAGAAACUCAUUAAAUACAAAACAAAAAACUCCUAAAAUGAGUGCCACUGAAAAUCAAGGAGCUGAUGCAGUUCCUCCUCCGCCACCCACGGCUGCUGGCAGGCCAAGACCCCCAACUUCGCAGCUUUUUUCGCGAGGAAAUCUGGUCAGCAGUCGGGCUGCUGGUGGCGACAAAACCUCCUUGGCCAGACCCUCGACGGCAGUAAGAGCUGUGGGCUAUGCUGCCAAUAGCGCCGGAACCAACCAAAAGUUUGAUCAGUUUUUCCUGGAAAAGGCCAAGCAACAGACGCUGUCCUCUGCAAAUGCAGCUGUGGAUGCGGCCAAGGAAGUCAAUCCUCAAAUCAAAUACAAGAAUCUAGAGAGCAAAAUAGUCAAGCUCUUGGAAUCCUCCAUCGUUUUGGCCAGGCAGAGCUCCACCCCGGGAGAGCCCACAUCCGAAGCAAAGUCCUCAGCCGAGGCCUUGAACAAAGCCAAAGAAGCCUUCUCCUUGGAUCGAACCCUGCACAGAUUUCGGGACCAGCAGGGCGAGAAUGUCUAUCACAACUUUGACUUGACCUAUGCGGUCUUUUUCAAUCUCGCCGAGCAAUACGAGCGCAAUGAUCUCCACAUCGAGGCCCUCAACACUUACAGCAUCAUGACGAAGAACAAAAUGUUUCCGCAUGUAAAUCAGCUAAAGAUCAAUAUGGGCAACAUUUAUUUCAAAAUGGGACUCUAUCAAAAAGCGGUGAAGAUGUAUCGCAUGGCCCUGGAUUCGGUACCCAAGAACCUGAGCCAGCUGCGCUUGAAGAUCCAGGAGAACAUAGGUGUCCUCUUUGUUCGCAUGGGCUCCUACUCGGAUGCGGCCUCUAGCUUCGAGUUCAUCAUGUCUGAACGGGCGGACAUCAAGUGUGGCAUUCAUCUGCUGCUCUGCUGUUACGCUCUCGGAGAUGUGGAUAGAAUCAAGACAGCCUUUCGCAGCCUGUGUGAUGUACCUCCUGGAGAGACGGACACGGAUCUGGGCACCGAGAGCAGCAUCAUUAAGCUGCAGCAGCAGGCGGGUCAGGUAACUGGAGGUCAAGAGGAGCUGGACAAACCUACGGAUACUCAGGCCGAUGUGGCUGUGAUUGAUGCUGAAGGUGGCGGCUCCUACGAGAAGGUACAAGAGUCCUCAAAGUCCUCCGCCAAGAACAAGCAGCGCUAUGUGCUCCAAGCCCUCAAGGCCGAUGAACUGGCAGUGUACACCAAGCAGCGUAGAAAUGCGGAGAAGCGUUCCAUCACCAUGAUUGUGGACUUGAUAUCGCCACUUAUCGAGGAGAACUACAACGAUGGCUACAACUGGUGCAUCGAGGUGAUCAAGUCCUCGAAUAUGGCCUGGCUGGCCAGUGAACUGGAGCUGAACAAGGCCUUGGUCUAUCUCCGGCAAAACGAUGUGAAUCAGGCCAUCGAAACCCUACAGAUGUAUGACCGCAAGAGCGAGGGUUCCAUGACGGCCAGUGCUUUGACCAAUCUCAGCUUCAUCUACAUAAGUCUGGGCAACCUGGAGAUGGCCAGGCACUGCCUUAACCAGCUGCAAGAGAUCGGGGCACUAGACACAAAUCCUCUAGCCUUGAUCAAUGCCAGCAUUGUGGAUCUGCAAAAGCAGGACUUGGUUUCAGCCCGGGAACGCCUAAAGCGGGCUCUGCAGCUGCAGCCCACUAGCUUUGAGGCUAACUACAACCUAGGACUGGUGGCCUUGGCUCAGCAGGAUUACGAGCUGGCCGAGGAGCGUUUCGAGCUGCUGAAGGCCCAGCUGUUGGUGCCGCAUUCCGUGCAGCAUAGCCACGUUUUCUAUCAGCUGGCCAAGCUCCAGGAGCGCCGUUUAAAAGGAGGCUCCCCGGGAGCUUCGCUGCAGGGUUAUCUCCAGGUCCUAGGCAUAUCCGCCGCCGACAUAGACUCCCGGCUGUUUGAGAAGGUCGGUUCGCUGUACGAGCAGAUCCAGGACCACCAGGAGGCCAAUCAGUACUACAACGAGGCGUAUCGCAUCAAUAUGAGCGACAUAAACAUUGCCAGCUCUAUUGGUUCCUACUACAUCAAGCUGCAGGCCACGGAGAAGGCGCUCUACUACUACGAAAGAGCUGUCCUCGCGGAUCCCAAUGAUCCCAACUUGAUGCUCCGCAUAGCCAGUUGCUUCAGGAACUCGUAUCUCCCGCCCAAGCAAUAUCUGGGCAUGUUUCAGAAGAUCUAUGCCCGGUUCCCGGACAAUCUCACUUGUGUUCGAGCCCUGAUGCAGGUGACCAAGUCUCUGGGGAUGUCAGAUCUCCACGAGCGCUACGCUGCAGACUAUGCUCGCCUGCACAAGCAGCAGCAGGAGCGCCAAAAUGAGCAGCGCUAUCAGCAGCAACGCCUCUCCUCGGCCACCUCGUCGUCUGCCUCCUCCGGUGGCAGCCGUUUGCGCAGUGUCCGCAAGUCCAACGAGGAGCGCGUUCAGGAGAAUACCGAUCUGUCGCAGGGCAUGACCUAUGCCCAGAGGUCUACCUCCUAUGCCGUGCAGCAGUUUGAUCCCUUGGGUCCACCCGCCGAGCGUCCGCGCACUGGGAUGUAUCGGGGUCAGAAGAGCAAGGAUGAUUCCGAUGAUGAUGCGGAAAUGAAUGCCGAGAGUUUGCUGCCCAUUUAAGGGAACACC